CAACCCUCUCUGUCUAAACUCUUCUCCUUUCAAAAUUUCACGCUCUCUCUCACUCGACUUAAAAAUCCAGAGGUAGAAAUCAUUAGCUCCGAAUUUGAAUUGCGGAACUCAAAAGAGAUACCGGCUAAUUUCCGGUAGAUCACCGGAAACUAUUGCCGGAAAAAUAAUCAAUAGAAAAAAAAUCAUCAAUCGAAAAAAAAUCAUCAAUCGAAAAAGUGAGCACGAGAAAUCAUCAUCAGAAAAAGAAGAAGUAAGAGAAGAGAUUAUGCUCAAGAAGAGAACAACAAUCAUGAGAAAGUGGAGAAAAAUUAUCAAAGAAGAUUACUGAAAUUUGAAGAAUUACCAAAUUAUAUGAAGGACAAUGAGUUUAUAUUAGAUCAUUAUAGAUGCGAAUGGCCAUUAAAAGACACUUUCUUCGGUGUUUUCUCUUUGCACAAUGAAACCCUAAACAUCUGGACGCAUUUGGGAGGAUUCGUGAUUUUCCUAUCAUUGACUAUGCUAAGCUUGAUUUAUAAAGUUCCAUCAUUUCUCUCCGGUUUUUCCAGAUCAAUUCAGAAGCCAUGGAUGAUGAUUAUGAAGAAUGGUUCAGAUAUCCCAUCAGCUGAUUCAGCUGGAACCGGCUUCCAUGCAGGACACAACCAACAUGGAUCAAUCUUUCAGUCAGUAAUCUUCCCCCGUGGAUUCAUAAGCAACGACUUGCCAAACAUUCCUCGUUGGCCAUGGUUCGUUUUCUUGAUAGGAGCAAUGGGAUGUUUAAUCUGCAGCUCAAUUUCACAUCUAUUUGCUUGCCACUCUCGCCGUCUCAAUUUAUUCUUUUGGCGUCUGGAUUAUGCUGGCAUUUCAUUGAUGAUUGUUUGUUCGUUUUUCACGCCAAUCUACUAUGCUUUCUUCUGUAAUCCUAACUCACGAAACUUCUACCUCACAUCCAUUACAAUCCUUGGAAUUCUUGCGGUAGUCACUUUACUAGCACCAGCACUAUCUUCACCUAAGUACAGAUCAUUCAGAGCGACACUUUUUCUCACUAUGGGUUUCUCUGGGGUUGUUCCUGCUGCUCAUGCUGUUAUUCUUCAUUGGGGACACCCUGCCAUUUUUGUUGCUCUAGCUUAUGAACUUGCAAUGGCGUUUUUUUAUGCUAUUGGAGUUGUUUUCUAUGUUAGCAGAGUACCAGAGAGAUGGAAGCCUGGCGCCUUCGAUAUUGCUGGUCAUAGCCAUCAGAUAUUCCACGUUUUUGUCGUUGCGGGAGCACUCGCUCAUUAUGGAGCUACAAUGGUGUUAGUUUAGUGGCGAUUGAGUUCUCCUACGUGCGAGUUUCAGUAGAGUUUUAUCUAUUCCAGAGAAAAUUAGUGAAAUAAGUCAAUUGGUUGUUCCAUGUUUUGGCUACCAAGAGUUUGUUCAUGGGUAUCCUAUCAGUCUAUAAACUGUUUGGUGAAUUUAAAUUGCAAGAUUGAUAAAACGAGAUUUGACUGUUAAUAGCUCUUUUUCUCUGUAAACUGAGAUAGUAGAAUUACUUCGGGAUUGAAAUUUUGUUGCAUUCUAAAUUAAACCUGACCAGUAAAACAGUUAUUUAAC